AUGGUGGUCGAGGCGCGGCUGUACGAGCUCCUCGAGGUAUCGGUGGACGCCACCGACAUCGAGAUCAAGAAAGCGUACAAGCGGAAAUCUCUUGCGAACCACCCCGACAAGAAUCCGGGCGAUGCCGAUGCACAGCGGCGCUUCCAGGAUGUGGCGCAUGCGUACGAAACACUGUCGGAUCCGGCAACGCGCGACGCCUACGACCGGUACGGAGAAGAAGGGAUGCGGGGAAAUGGAGGAGCGCCAGACAUGGACGAUAUAUUUGCGUCCAUGUUCGGUGGUCCGUUUGCGUUCGGCGGAGCGCCGCCACGCAAGCGCCGAGCACAAGACACGGUCCUUCCAUACACUGUGUCGCUUGAAGACCUCUACAAUGGAAAGACAGCGGCGUUUGCCCUUGAGCGAAACAUAGUAUGUACUCACUGCCAUGGCACGGGUGGCCGGCAUGGGAUGCCGCAAAAAGACUGUGCGACCUGUCAUGGCAAAGGUCGCGUGCUGCAGCAAAGGCAAGCCGGCGGCGGCAUGAUAUCCCAGACGAUUGCAGAGUGCAGUGCAUGCCGCGGCACGGGGAAAAAGUUCCGCGAGAACGACCAAUGCAAAAAGUGUAAGGGUGAGAAGAUCGUGCCGAGCAAGGCCAAGCUGCGUCUGGAAAUUCCGCGCGGUGCCUUUGACGGGCAACAAUUUGUGUUCGAGGGCGACGGCGACCAGCUGCCCGAUACCAAGCCCGCGUCGAUCAUAUUUGAGCUGCGGCAGACGCCCCACAGUGCCUUUGAGGUGAGUGGGCUUGAUCUGCGCGCAACAGUGCGUAUUACGCUGCUGGAAGCACUCCAAGGAUUCUCGCGCACUGUGCUGACGCACCUCGACGGCCGUCGGAUCCGCGUGACCAAGCCCAAGGGCCAGGUUGUGCGUCCAAAUGAAGUGGAUGUGGUUUUAGGAGAGGGAAUGAUGGAUUUGGGUAAUACGAGACGCCGCGGUGACCUCUACCUAGCCUACGAAAUCGAAUUUCCCACCGACGCGUGGGCACGCGACGCCGAUGCGCCGACACUUGCGUCGCUGCUCCCACCCAAACGGCCGGAGCUGCCUGAUGAGUCAGACAGCGUGACUGAGGAUGUGAAAGUGUGCAAAGCAGACCUUGCUACCUACGGCGCAAACCGCGGCACACGCACCGAGCAGCCGCAAAGCGAUCCGUUCGACGAGCCCAACGUGCAGUGCGCGCAACAAUAG